UCACAAAAAACCCAAAAAUAUGGUUCCCAAAAUUAACACUGUAGCCUUCCCAUUGGUUACUACUUUCUAGGCUCCAAACCCACACAGUCAACUGUUCAUCUGUGGCAUUGUCUGCUUCCUGUUGUUUUCUCCCCCCAAAAAGUCUCUUUUAUUUGGGCAUUUUGCUAAACAAUUAGUAAUCAAGAAGCUGAAGAGAGGGGAGGAAAAUAAUGGUGGGAAAGAAGAGUUAUUUGGCAAUGAGGAGUGAGCGAGAAGCAACUGAUCUCAUCGUAUCUGACUUCCAAGAUCUAAUCUUUGCUACUAAGAAGCUUGCUAACCAUGCUAUCAAAUUGGGUUCUUGGGGAUUUGGGACUACCCUUCUUGAAUGGAUCGCUUCCUUCGCUGCAAUUUAUCUAUUGAUAUUGGACCGAACAAACUGGAAAACCAAUAUUCUUACAGCACUGUUAAUCCCAUACAUCUUCUUGAGUCUGCCUUCCUUCCUGUUCAACAUCUUGAGGGGAGAAGUUGGGAAAUGGAUUGCUCUUAUUGCAGUCGUUUUGCGCUUGUUCUUCCCUAGACGUUUCCCAGAUUGGCUGGAACUUCCUGGAGCAUUGAUACUUCUAAUAGUGGUGGCACCGAGCUUAUUUUCAAGCACAAUAAGGAACGACUGGAUUGGUGUGGUGAUAUGCCUGGGCAUAGCUUGUUAUCUACUUCAGGAGCACAUCAGAGCAUCAGGUGGGUUUCGCAAUUCAUUCACCAAAGCCAAUGGAAUAUCCAACACAAUUGGCAUAAUUAUUCUGUUGGUUUACCCUGCUUGGGCUUUGGUCACUGACAUCCUCUAGAUUCAGCUCUGCUUCUGGAUUGUGUGUGUUUUAGUUUCGUCAAGUUCAUGAUUUGUUUUUUCUGCACCAUUAAUUUGUUGAGACGUACCCAAAUUCGUUGUUA